GGAACGGGCCGGCCCCGCCCCGCCGAGCCGCGCGGCACGCUGGGAGCGGAAGCGGUCGGCCGCGUUAGGAGCGAGGCGGGCAGCAUGGCCGCCGCCGGCAAGAGGAGCCUGGCGGAGCUGAGCCUGGACGAGUUCUUCGCCGCCGGCUCCGAAUCGGAGCCUGACGACGGUUCGGAGGAGGAAGAAGAGGCCGUCCGGCCCGCCAAGGGGGCUGCGGGGCAGCGGCGGGAGAGCGGGAAGGCGAGGCAGCCGCUCCAGGCCCCACCGGCUGCGAGGAAGAAGGGAAAGGCAUCUGAACAUAAAGAUCAGCUCUCCCGGCUGAAGGACAAAGAUCCUGAAUUUUAUAAGUUUUUGGAGGAAAAUGAUCGCACACUGCUGAACUUUGAUGCUUCGGACAGUUCGGACGAGGAGGAGGAGGGGUUGCACAUACCACCUGAUACACUGGAGGAAGCAAGUGAUGAGGAUGAAGAAGAAGAACAUGAAACAGUCAAACGGAGGAGAGUUUCUUUCAUCCCCGUGAGCUUGAAAAUGGUUGAAGAGUGGAAAAAAGCUGCAGAGAGGGGGCUAACACCAAAACUUUUCCAUGAAAUCACUCAAGCCUUUAAAGCAUCUGUAGCAACCACCAAAGGAGAUAAUGGUGGGACUGAUCCCAGCAAGUUUCAAGUCACUGAUGCUGCAGUGUUCAAUGCCCUUGUGUCCUUCUGUGUCCGGGACCUCUUCCGCUGUCUGCAGAAGCUACUGCUUCUGAAAACCCCGAAGAACAAACUAAAAGUGGUCCUCCCUUCCACCAGCCCACUUUGGAGCAAGUUGCGACUGGACGUAAAAGUGUACCUCGGCUGUGCCAUACAACUCCUGUCUUGUUUAACAGAAGCCUCAGUUGCUGCAGCAGUCCUUCAGCAUGUCAGUUCCAUAGUGCCUUAUUAUUUGUCCUUUCCAAAGCAGUGCCGUGCACUUCUCAAGCAAGCAAUUAAUUUGUGGAGCACAGGUGAGGAAACAGUGAGAGUACUGGCCUUCCUUGUGCUGAACAAGAUCUGCCGCUACAAGAAAGAGGUGUACCUAAGUCCCUUGCUCAAGCAAAUGUACAUCGCAUUUGUGAAGAAUUCCAGAUUCACCUCUCCCAAUGUCCUGCCCAUGAUCAACUUCAUGCAGCGCACACUGACAGAGAUGUAUGCCCUGGACACACAUAUGUCUUACCAGCAUGCCUUCAUCUAUAUCCGUCAGCUUGCCAUUCACUUGCGCAGUGCAAUGACGAUAAAGAAGAAGGAGAACUUCCAGUCUGUUUAUAACUGGCAGUAUAUCCACUGCCUGUAUUUCUGGUGUCGAGUUCUCAGCACAAUCUAUCCCAGUGAGGUCAUGGAGCCGUUGAUCUAUCCUUUGACACAGGUCAUCAUUGGCUGUAUAAAGCUGGUACCAACAGCUCGUUUCUACCCUCUGCGUAUGCACUGCAUCCGUGCACUUACACUGUUGUCUGAGAACACCAGGACCUUCAUCCCAGUGUUGCCAUUUAUCCUGGAGGUUUUCCAACAAGUGGAUUUCAACAAGAAGCCAGGACGUAUGAGCGCUAAGCCUAUAAACUUUGCAGUGAUCUUGAAGCUUUCCAAUGCUAACCUGCAGGAGAAGGCCUUCCGAGACGGACUCAUUGAACAGCUUUAUGACCUGAUGCUUGAGUAUCUCCAUUGCCAAGCCUACAGCAUUGGAUUCCCAGAGUUGGUUCUCCCAACUGUCAUUCAGCUAAAAUCUUUCCUGAAGGAAUGCAAGAUUGCCAACUACUGCAAGCCUAUCCGGCAGCUCCUGGAGAAACUGCAGGAAAAUUCUGCCUACAUCUCCAGCAGGCGUCAGAAAGCCACCUUCGGCGUGGCCAGCAGGGAGUCUGUGGAACAAUGGGAGAAGCAAGUCAAAGAGGAGGGGACACCUCUGACCAAGUAUUAUACUCAGUGGAAGAAGCUAAGAGAGAAGGAGAUACAACUGGAAAUCAGCGGCAAAGAAAGACUUGAAGACUUGAACUUCCCAGAAAUUAAGCGUAAGAAGCAAGAUGAAAGAAAGGAGGAAGAUAAGAAGGAAUUCAAGGACCUCUUCGAGCUGGACAGUGACUCUGAUGAGGAGGGUGUUGGAUUUCCUAUGAAAGGUAAAGCCAAAGCCAAGCAGGCAUCAGACGACAGUUCAGAAGCAAGCAGCAAGGACUAUGGUGAGGAUGAUGAUGAAGAAGAAGGAAGGUAUGAAAUUGAGGAGGAUGAGGAAGAAUUGGAAGACGACAGUGACUCAGAUGAGGAAGGCAAGGAACCUGCUCAGGUUUCCCAAAGGUCACAGAAGCAGAGGAGCUGCACUCGUGGGAUGUCACGAUCUGACCUCGAACAGCUAGCUCAAGGAGACGAGGACAUUGUGGAGGACUUAGCUUUCUCUGAUGAUGACUGAGAGCCCUCACAGCCACUCCCUCCAAGCUUAUCCCUUACAGAGCUGUUGUGUACUGGAUCACCCAACCUUCAGCACCUGUAGCUGGUUCUCAAAGAGGUGGUAAGAGCUGGGGAGCAUGGAGGGUGGGAGGCCACCCCAGGUGCCACCAAGGACUUUCUCAGUGACACAGCAGAGAUGCUACUUGGACUUUCAAGCUUUUUCUACCAGUUAUGGUUUUGGUAACGGUAAAAUUGCCGUCAUGUCAAGGCCAGUAAAAUGGCUCAGUAUAGGUAAUAAAAAGCCCUCAUUAAAAUCUGCUGCUUUAAAUAGCAUAGGGUUCAGUUUCAGCUCCUGCUGGAGCAUAAGUCAGCUGACCAAGGGAAGGACAAGUUCUUUUGUCGAAGGGUCCUCCUGUCUGUUCAGCCAACCACCUGCGUCGCCCCAUAUUUUGCUCUGGGGCCCUCACCAAACCCUCCUUUUUGCCAAGAAGUUCUUAAGGAUUGCAUAGAGUGUUUCAGAGCUUUGUAUUUUCACUGCAGAUGGAAGCCUUUAUCAGCAACAUCAGAAGCAGCUCAGUCAGUUCAAUCACGCUGGCUGUAAGUAUGCUAAAGAAAGAAGUUAACUUUAAGAAAGCGCCUUAGGAUACAGAGUGGGGGGUAGAGAUGGGCGGUUGUGCAGGCAGGAAGGAGUAAGAAGAGGCAAAACUAAUCACAUAGGAAACAUCUUCAUUUUGUGAUGGCUGUUGGGUUUGCACGGGAUACAUUUGCUUAGCAAAAAUAAGGGACAAGUCUGAACCUAUGCUUUGUAACAGACCUAUUGUUAUCCACAGUGACAUAAAAUCACCUCUUUUCUAGUGCCAGUCCUAGCUGCUGAUGCUGGUGGUGAACACUGUUUUGUUCUGCGAGUCCUGAAAACAGUACUGAUGACUGCAGGCUGUCUUGGGCACUCAGCCUUUCUUUAUUACCUCAAAGCCAACCACUGCAUCACCUGGGCAGCUUCUAGAUGCAGCUCAUUAUAUGUCUUCCUGUAGGAGUGGUACUUGUGGGAGGACAUUGUGUAGCUCAAGCUGGGUAAGGGCAAUUUGUGAUCUGCUGGGAAAAUAUAAACAGCUUCUCUCUUGAGACCACUGUUAGUUUGCAGGACUGGCAGCUAGGAAACAUAUUUCUUUCUUCAGGAUCUUUGGAAAAUAAACUGGAAAUAGAGGGUAUUUGCUGAGGGAGGUAGGAAAAGUUAUGUAUUCUUGGGGCGUAUCUGACAGCAUCGCUCCUGAAAAUUAACUGUGCCUUUUGAGAGCUUUGUUAUUUGUUAAUGCAGAUUUUUGGAAAAGAAGACAGAGAGCCAGGACUAAAUAUGAUCUUUAUUCUUCCCUGCCACCAUUCAGCGAGGGCAGUAGCUGUCAGCGCUACGGGUGGCCAAGCUAACUGCAGACAUGGUCAUCUUUGCCUUCUGCACUGCCUACGUGUCCCCUGCCAGGCAUCCUUACUCCUGCACACCACAAGAGGACAAGAUGCUUUUUUAAAAAAAACAUUUAAAAAGAACAAUUUUUUCCUUUUUUUUUUUUUUAAGUUCUGUUUUCCUAGAGUCAGAAGAACCACAGCUCAGAAACACUGCCUUAUUGCAGAUAAAAACCCAGAUGUACUGUAGCCUGGUUAGUGGUCUCCCUCUCACCCACACGUGUAAAUGAUAACAACUCGGUGUAUGUAGAGAGCUAAUUAUGGUCUUCCUGUCCUAUGCUGAGUGCUGCUCCUUUCCUGCUUCCAGACAUCAUUACUGCACAGGUAAUUACUGCUGUAGUACAGUGUUGUGGGGGUGUUUGCUUCAUUCAGAGUUUGUUAUGUCUUUUUGGAGCUUAGCGGCAGGAAUAGGGAUAGAGAAGGCUUCUUUUUCCCAACUGCAGUUACAGUAAUUACUAGACCUGCCCUUCCUAGACAUGCAGCUAGAUACCCUUUGUCCCAUAAGGGGGAGGAAGUAACCUCAGAAAUUAGUAAUUUGGGUUUUAUUAACAACAUCAUAAUUAUUGUCAUUAUCAUUUAUAGCCCACUGAGGGGGCCAGAGCACCUGCUGCUUCAUUAGGGGUUCAGGAGCAUUUGAGACUGAGGUUUCCUACAGCUGGUAAAGGCUGUGUCUUCAGGCAAUUAAUUACAUAUGGGAGCCUGGGAUAUGACUGCAAAGAUGAGAAUUGUAAGGCCCCAGCUAUAAGAAAAAGGUUUUAACUAACUUACCUUUUCUUCCAAAAGAGAAAGGAGUGUCUUGUUCUCUAUCCUCUAACUUAGCUGGGCAAGGUGCUGUCUGCCUUUUGGCAGCUGUGAACCAACCCUCAGAUUGGCUUUUAGGCCAGAAAUGGAGACCCUCCACUGCACCAAGAGUUAUCAACACCACCAGCGGUAAGGCAUACGGCCCCAGUGUACACACAAAGAAAGAAAGGAGACUUCUUGGGUAAAGCCAUCACUUGCAAGGAGCUCAGGAAGCUAGGUACCAUUUGUAAAUUAAGUGUUUUUCUUUUUUAUUUAAAUUGAUUGCUGGAAAGCAUUUUUAUCGUGAUGUGAUGGAUAAUGACUUUUUUUUUUUUUUUUACAAUAUAAAGAAGCUAAUGUACCACCAAGCUAUUUUGUAAGAAAAACGGUAGCACGUGCAACGUUUAAACAAAAAAAAGGGGGGCGGGGGGGAGAGAGAGAGAGAGAGAAAAGUACCACAUGUGAUUGUUGUUCACAACUGUACAAGUCACAGGAGGUCACCCCCAGGAGUUACCAUCUCAUUCACAGUAGUAAAAACUCUACCCAUUGUUUUUAGCCUGAAUCCCCCAGCAUCCCUCCCCCUCCUCUGGGAACCCACAGGUAUCUGUCUCGUGGUCCACAGCAGGCCAGAAUGUGCAACUACAUCCACCUCUGUAACAAGGCUUUAAGAAGAACCAAACACAACCCUACGAACAAAAAAACCCACCCCAAAUGUAUAAAUGAGUCUGUUGUACACGUGAAGGAGGGAGGGGGCCACAAUGGAGUGAGGCCUGUGACCCUUCAUCCCACCAAAGCACACACUUUUUUUCUUCUUCUCUUUAAAACAAAACACCUAAUGAAAAAAAAAAACUACCUCUGCAGGGCUAGAGCACAGGCAGAGUCCAUUGUGUGUGCGCUGAAAGGGACAACGUGCCAGGGAAGAGGGCAGCCUCUAGCCUGUAGGACAGCACUGAGCCGCCUGUGCCGUACCAUCCACACUGAAGUAAACAUGGACCGGAACUUGCCUUUUUUUUUUUCUUUUUUCUCUUUUUUUUUUUUCUUUUUGUCUGUCUUUGGUAUUGUUUUUAAAGUUGCUAGAGAUGCAUAGACACCUGAAUGAGGAACUGAGUACAGUUUCCAGGGAGGAGGAGAUAUUUGGGAAGGUGGUUGGUUUCAUUUUUGAUGGGGUUUUUUGCUCAGGGGUGCUGAGUACCAUUGGGAGGAGCAGUGCCUGUUCCCUGCUUGUAGUCACACCCAGAAGUUCCUGAAAGCCAUGUUUCUUUGAAGGCAAAGAAAAGCGUUCGUUCCCUGUCCACGGCUCUCCAUCUCAGACUGGUGAGCAAGAAGGGGUGUGAAAGGGAAUGGGAAUGCAGCUGCCAUCCUCUAGAAUCAUAUUCUCUUCACUUGUGUUUUCUCAGUACAUCUUUGGAUAGUUUUCUUUCCUUCCCUUUUUACAGUUUUUAAAAUUUCUGUGUGGGUUGGGGUUUUUUUUUUUAAACAAAAAGCAAAAAAAUUAAAAACCUCCCUUCCUCACUCCUGUGUCUCACACUGCUGAGGGAGGCUCUCCUGGUCUCUCAAAUGCAUUACCUUCAGUUUGUUCAACUGAAUCUCAGUUCCAGAAGCAGUCAAGAGCUGUCCUGCAGUUAAGAUGGAGGUUUCGUGGUGUCAUUGAUCCCAGCAAUGAUGGAGGGGUUUCCGUUUUCCUGCUUUGGUGAGACGCGGCUGGCGGAGGGCAGGCCGCUGCUGAAGGGGGAGGCCACACUGCCUGUGGAGGAUGGCCGGAGAUCAGCUGGGGCCAGGUCCCGCUCCGGUGGCCGUAAACCGGGAGGUUGCAGCGGGAAAGCCAUGGGGAAGCCUGCCAUGUACAGAACUCUGCCCACUCUCUUGGCAACCUAUUUAAAAAAAAAAGGGGGGGGGGGGGAGGAAUAAAUGCAGGGUGGCAAAAUGGCACUGAAGUACAGCUGCAGCUGCAAGGUCUACCCUAGAUCACAUCUUGUAGGCUAAAGAAAGAUGUGCUGGGACAUGCAGUGCAGGCCCUUUUUCUGUGGCAUGUUUUGCGUGCAUCUGUGUUCUUUGGCCAGAACGAGACUGAAGGCCUUGCAGAGGUGCAGGCUGAAAGGAAGCGCGCAACCCAAAGCUGAACGAAGUCCAGCCUCUGAUCUGAAAUAAUAGGGUAUCGCUGUCUUGUGAGGGGACUAUGGAAACUUGCAGCCUGUGUACCCGGCUGGAUAAGGCUGCAUGGACAACUAGGAUAGUGCUCUUCGUCUUCUGUGGACCGCAGCUCAUCCUCUUCAUGAGUGAAACACAGUGGUGGUAAGCAGCAGUUCCUAAGUCAUCUCAGCUACAUGAGAUGUUGGGAACAUGCCUGUCUGUAGCUGCCUUCAGGUGAAGGUGUAUCAGGUGAAGAGGGCUGAUUGAUUGAUUCCUACCAAUUCUGUUACUUCAUUAACAGGCACCACUGGACAGACAAUUUGAUAGAACUCUUCUGCUCUCCUUUUGCUAAGCCAGCCCAGGGUACUGAACAGCAGGACAGUACAUGAUGUCCACUUCUGAAGAGCAGGAAUUGCUCUUACAGGGGCGCUGGGACAACAGGGUGAGGGAGGAAAAAAAAAUCUGGCUACAGGGUGGCUGCUGUUAACUGCACAGGAAACUAUAAGCCUGCAGCCUCUCCCUUCUUCUGCAGUACUGAAGAAAACUCUCCUGAAGCAGUUCUCGCCUCCCAGCAAGGGCCAAAGGCCCCACAACUUUCCAGCACCUACACAGCUGUUUCACAUUUAAGCUUAAACAAAAACACAAGCUUGUGUUCAAACCAGACAACUGCAGCAUUAUUCAGUUAGCAACAUCAGGACUUUGCUCCCCACUUACUCCCCCCCCCCCCCAACCAUGCCUUAUUAUAGAACUUUAAACACUAUUGAUUAAAUUGAAGCAGGGUUUUUCUAGUUUCAGCCCAUAUCUCACAUUCCCCCCACCAAAUCCGAUCUAAGAAUGUCUGAGCUAUUUGGCUUUCUCUGUUUUUUAAGAAACAUAAGAGUUUUAUUUCCUACUGAAUUGACCCACAGGGAACAAUUGCCCACAGAACCUUUUUAUUAGACCCCUCAUAAACAGUGAGGGCUGUAGGGAAAGUAGUAAAGUUGCUCUUAUUGUUUUAACAUAAUGUAACAAAUGUAUAGCUUGUGGGUUAGGGAAACCAUGCCAGAAUAGUGACUAUCUGUGCAACCCAUGUAUGUGCACAUGCACACUACUGUCACAACUAUUUGCAUGACAUAAUCCCCUAGGGCAUACAAUAGAACAGCCUGUUCUUGACAUGUGUCAGAAGCUAUCUUCUGAUCAUUAAAUGGAAAAAAAAGAAGCUAGCGGAGAUGUUGUUCUAGAUUUUGAGUCCAACCAAGGGGCAGUGGAGGCAACUGCAAUGGAAGUCACCAUGACUGCCAGCUAGGGAAGGCAGGAGAAGAGCAAAGCAGUGUUAGGAAACCAGACCUCUACAGGCAGAGACUUGGGAGCCAAGUCAUGGGGGGGGCAG